AUGGCCUAUGACUCCCUAACUGAUUCAAUGGAUGAAACUCAUGGUAUGUCUGAGUUUACAUACCUUGAUACUCUUGCUGAAUUAUGUGACAUAAUUGUUCAACUUUACAAAGAGGAGUACCUCCGCGAGCCAAAUCAAAAAGAUCUGGAUCGGCUCAUUCGCAAAGCUGAAGACCGUGGGUUUUCGGGCAUGAUAGGGUCAUUAGAUUGCAUGCAUUGGAAUUGGAAGAACUGUCCCACCGGAUGGCAAAGAGGCUUUAGCGGAAGGUCGAAAAAGCCAAUUGUUGUGUUAGAGGCAGUUGCCUCGUAUGACACAUGGAUCUGA